CGCGCAGGAAGCAGCAACGUUGUUCUCCGAGCGGUACAGCAGUCAAGGGCCUCAGGAAACGAAAUUAAUUAUCUUAUUAAAACAGUUGUUAAAACACUAUCUAGAGACACACAUUUUUCGCAGUUGCAUCACUCAAACGUUGUCGAACAACUUUUACAAUGCCUAGAGGAGGAAAAAAAGGCCACAAAGGUCGUGGCAAACAGUUCAGCAAUCCUGAGGAAAUCGACAGACAGAUGCGAGCACAGAGGGAGAGGGAGGAAAAUGGUGAUGCUGAACGUAAAAGUUCAUCGGAAUCUGAGGAGGAAAGCAGCAGUGAAGAUGAACAGAACCAGAAAAGGAGUGGCGUGGAAGGAUUGAUUGAGAUUGAGAAUCCCAAUCGUGUCUCCCAGAAGAACAAAAAAAUUGCUGAAAUAGAUAUUGGCAUGCCAAGAGAGCUCUCACGUAGAGAGAGGGAGGAGAUUGAGAGGCAGAAAGCAAAGGAGCGCUACAUGAAGCUGCAUCUAGAGGGGAAGACUGAGCAAGCCAGGGCAGAUUUGGCUAGACUGGCCAUCAUUAAGAAACAAAGAGAAGAGGCAGCAAAAAAGAGAGAGGAAAUGAGAAAAGAAAAAGAAGCACAGGAGACCAGACGCUAGCCUCUUUCCCAUCUUUGAGGACAGGGCUGUCCUGGGGCAGGCAGGUGGGCAGGGACCAAAUUAAUUAGGGAUACAGCUCAGGGGUAUCCACACACACACACACACACACACACACACACACACACACACACACACACCCCCCUUCACUGUGCUCUGAUCCUAAAGCUGCUGGAGUUUACUCCUAAAUUAUUUUUUUUUAUAUGUUAUAAUAUACCUUUUGAUUGGGAUAUGCUCCAAGCGUUCAGCAAGUUGUGUUCUUGCUGACAUCUCUUAGCCGGUUCCAAAGGAGUGGCAUAGAGUAGUGAAUGGAGAAACACUAGCAAACCUGUGGCACCUGUAAAACACCAUCUGCUCCUGUUCUGGCCUGUGCCCAUUUUUCUUUUUUCUUUUUUUUUUCUUUUUUUUAUAUUCUUAAAUGCAUAAGCUAUGUAUAAUACGAUACCUUGUAAAUUAACCUGUGCUGAAUAAUUCUUUUUUUUGCAUGCCAGUUACUUGAUGCAUCAAAAUUCAUUUUGCUGAUUCACAGACGGUUACCACAUGAGGUUACGCCAUUAAACAGUAAUUGAAUAAUUUAAUAUCAGCAGUAUUAAGUGACUGGUCUCUUGUAAUGUUAGCAGUAAACAAACAUUUAAACAGAGGAAAAGUUUCCCUUUUAUCUGAAAAUUGCCAUUAUUUAUUCAUGACCAAUUCAUAGGUUUGUCUCAUUAAUAAAUAUUGUAUGCUGUUUGUGCUGUUGUGUACAGUCUGUUUGUGGGACCCAAAUUGCCUUGAACAUUAAGAGAAGCAAUACUACACAUGCAGGUGAUGCAACAUUUAGCUCAGCUCUAAAAUGUAUACGUUUUGAAAAGUGUUUGAAGACUUAAGGUGCUGUCCAGGACUGAAAUAAGUAUUUACAUUAUAAGGUAUUGGUAGGAGGGAUAUGUGUUUGUAUCCUAACUUGAUUUGUUGCAUAGAAAUAAAUACUUCAGUACAUUAA